CUGAGACUGCAGGCUGAAAGAAGAAGAAGAAGGAGCAGCAGCGGAUUUAAAUUAACAGACAGCGUGCAUCCUUCAGCGAGGGAGGGAGGGAAGGAGGAAGCAGAGGCAACAGCCAAGACCCAUCAAGCGCUAAGAAGGCUGUCGGUAAUAAUCCAAGCGGAAACACCGGAGGCACCGACAGCAGCGACCGAACCGGAGGAGACCAAACCGCCAGGAUGAAAGUGAAGAAAGGCUGCAACGCGACCGACGUGGGAGUCCCGGUGACCACAGAGGAGGAACUGCUCGCCAGCGAGGUGAUCUCACCGGAGGAUGUUCUGGGUUUGCAGAAGAUCACGGAGAAUUACCUCUGCAGCCCAGAUGAGAAUGUUUACAACAUCGACUUCACCAGAUUCAAGAUCAGGGACAUGGAGACGGGCACAGUGCUGUUUGAAAUCACUAAACCUCCGUCCACAGAGAAAGCAGGGGAGAAGAGAGAUAUUGACACAAAUGCUGGCCGCUUUGUACGUUACCAGUUCACCCCCGCGUUUCUUCGAUUACGGCAAGUUGGUGCCACUGUUGAGUUCACCGUCGGAGACAUGCCAAUAGAAAACUUCAGGAUGAUUGAGAGACAUUAUUUCAGAGAGAAGUUACUCAAGAGUUUUGACUUUGAGUUUGGUUUCUGCAUGCCGAGCAGCAAGAACACCUGUGAACACAUCUACGAAUUCCCACCUCUGUCUGAGGAUAUCAUCAGAGAGAUGAUCCUGCACCCAUAUGAGACGCAAUCUGACAGCUUCUACUUUGUGGACAAUAAGUUGGUGAUGCACAACAAAGCAGACUACUCCUAUAACGGUGGAACAUAGAGCCAGCACACGGACUCCACGAGACCCUGACCUGAAGGACAUUUAGAGCAC